ACUUUCCAAGCAAUAUCUUCUCUGUACUCACUCAAUAUAAAACAGCCCAAUCUCUUCUCUUCUCAUACCAUCACAAACUAUUGACUUGCAAAGCUUUCUUUCUGUGUCUUAUUCUUAGUUUGAACUCAACUUCAAAAUUAGUGCUCCAAAAGUUCAAUAUGAGCAAGCUGAAGGAAGAAUCAAUCAUUAUCCGUGAAGUCUGGGCAUCCAAUUUAGAGUAUGAAUUCAGUCUCAUCCGUCAAGUUAUCCAUCAAUAUUCUUUCAUCUCGCUCGACACCGAAUUUCCCGGCGUAAUUCAUUUACCGAAAGUUGACCGCCGCUACCUUACACCCUCUGAUCACUACCGUUAUUUGAAGGCCAACGUUGAUGCUCUUAAACUCAUUCAAGUUGGUCUCACCCUUUCGGACGCUAAGGGAAACCUUCCCAAUUUUGGAGGUAGUAACAGCUAUAUCUGGGAAUUUAAUUUCUGCGAUUUUGACGUCAAUAAUGAUCUUUAUAAUCAAGAUUCUAUUGCUAUGCUAUGCCGUCAAGGGAUUGACUUUAAUCGUAACUUUUAUCACGGUGUGAAUUCAGUGCGUUUUGCUGAACUGAUGAUCGCGUCUGUACUUGUUUUUCACAAAUCAAUUGUCUGGGUUACAUUUAGCAGCGCUUAUGAUUUCGGGUAUUUGGUGAAGAUCUUAACCCAAAACAAUUUACCAAACAGUUUAGAGGGGUUUUUAAAUAUGGUAGAAGCCUUGUUUGGAAAAAAUGUGUACGAUAUGAAACAUAUGAUGAAGUUCUGCAAUGCUUUGUAUGGUGGUCUCGAGCGGGUGGCUACUACCCUUAACGUGGGUCGGGCAGCUGGAAAAUCUCAUCAAGCUGGAUCUGAUAGUUUGUUGACCUGGCAUGUAUUUAAGAAAAUGAUGGAUACUUGUUUUGUCAAUAACAUGGCUCAAGAGCAUGCUGGAGUGCUAUUUGGGUUAGAGAUGAUUGCAGUAAAAUGAAAUAGAUUACAAGACAAUUGUAAACAAAAUUGAAAUAUAUAAAAUAUUCAUUCUUUGAUUA